GCUGCAGGACUUAUUAAAGCAAGUCACACGAGGACUGAUGAAGAACCAGAGGAUUUAAUCCCAUUCAGAUCAGUCGAAAACUGUUUUUCUUUACAGACCGGGUGGAGACGUUUAAAAUGACGCUGAUGACAUUUAUGAGAGUGACUGCAUCAGCAACAUGAAAAGGAACCAUCAGGGACCAGACUCCCCUGGACCUGGACCUGAAUCUGAACCUGAACCUGGACCUGUACUUCGACCUGUACCUUUACCUCGUCAUAGACCUGGACUUGGAACUGGAUCUAGACCAGUACCUGGAUCUGUAAUAUCCUCUCGACAUGGACCUAGACCUGUACCUGGACCUAAACCUGUACCUGGACCUAAACCUGUACCUGGACCUAAACCUGUACCUGGACCUAAACCUGUACCUGGACCUAAACCUGUUCCUGGACCUAAACCUGUACCUGGACCUAAACCUAGGCCGAGCCAUGUGUCCUUAAAGGCUGACCAUUCACAUGAGCUUGACAACGAUUUCAAAAGAAAAAUUGUAUCAGCUGCAAAUUCCAAGCAGCAGAGGGAAAAGUUGCCUGUACCCAGUUGUUUGUCCAUUACGAGUGAUCAUUCAUUCGGUCGAUAUAUUAACUUCAAAGAUGAGAGCCAUUCUUAUGACCCAGUUUCCAAGCAGCAGAGGGAAAAGUUGCCUGUACCCAGUUGUUUGUCCAUUAAGAGUGAUCAAUCAUUUGGUCGAUAUCUUAACUUCAAAGAUGAGAGCCAUUCUUAUGACCCAGUAGUGGACCAUAAAAGCUCAGAGGUUACCACUGGUCAGUCUUCCAAACAGCAUCAAACACAGCUGGACUCUAUAUUUAUGCUGCUGGAGGAGAACAUUGUCACUUUUAUGAAGAAAGAGCUUAAGAAGAUCCAGAAGGCUCUGAGUUCAGAUCACCCCGAAAGCUUAGAGAGUCAGAGUGAGGAUGAGGAGGUGUUGGAUGGUGAGGACGAAGAGCAGAGGAGGAGCAGCAGAGAGGCAUUUCUGAAGAUCACACUGCACUUCCUGAGGAGAAUGAAGCAGGAGGAGCUGGCUGAGUGUCUGCAGAGAAGAAUUAUCGUUCAAGUCUGUCAGCACAAACUUAAAUCUAAACUGCAGAAGAAGUUCCAGUGUGUGUUUGAGGGCAUUGCUAAAGCAGGAAACCCAACCCUUCUGAAUCAGAUCUACACAGAGCUCUACAUCACAGAGGGGGGGACUGCAGAGGUCAAUGAUGAACAUGAGGUCAGACAGAUUGAAAAAGCAUCCAGGAAACCAGACAGACCUGAAAAAACAAUCAGACAAGAAGACAUCUUUAAACCCUCACCUGGAAGAGAUGCACCGAUCAGAACAGUGAUGACAAAGGGAGUGGCUGGCAUUGGGAAAACAGUCUUAACACAGAAGUUCACUCUGGACUGGGCUGAAGGCAAAGCUAACCAGGACAUACAGUUCACAUUUCCAUUCACUUUCAAAGAGCUGAAUGUGCUGAAAGAGAAAAAGUACAGCUGGGUGGAACUCGUUAAUCACUUCUUUACUGAAACCGAAGACGCAGGAAUGCACAGGUUUGAUCUGUUCCCGGUUGUGUUCAUCUUUGACGGUCUGGAUGAGUGUCGACUUCCUCUGGACUUCCACAACACUGAGGUCCUGACUGAUGUAACAGAGUCCACUUCAGUGGAUGUGCUGCUGACAAACCUCAUUAGGGGGAAUCUGCUUCCCUCUGCUCGUCUCUGGAUAACCACACGACCUGCAGCAGCCAAUCAGAUCCCUCCUGAGUGUGUGGACAUGGUGACAGAGGUCCGAGGGUUCACUGACCCACAGAAGGAGGAGUAUUUCAGGAAGAGAUUCACAGAUAAGGAGCAGGCAGCAACAAUCAUCUCCCACAUUAAGACAUCACGAAGCCUCCACAUCAUGUGCCACAUCCCAGUCUUCUGCUGGAUCUCUGCUACAGUUCUCGAGGACAUGUUGAAAACCAAAGAGGGAGGAGAGCUGCCCAAGACCCUGACUGAGAUGUACAUCCACUUCCUGGUGGUUCAGGCCAAAGUAAAGAACAUCAAGUAUGAUGGAGGAGCUGAGACAGAUCCACAUUGGAGUCGAAAGAGCAGGAAGAUGAUCGAGUCUCUGGGAAAACUGGCUUUUGAGAAGCUGCAGGAAGGCAACCUGAUCUUCUAUGAAUCUGACCUGACAGACUGUGGCAUCGAUAUUACAGCAGCCUCAGUGUACUCAGGAGUGUUCACACAGGUCUUUAAAGAGGAGAGAGGACUGUACCAGGACAGGGUGUUCUGCUUCGUCCAUCUUACCAUUCAAGAGUUUCUGGCUGCUCUUCAUGUCCAUCUGACAUUCAUCAACUCUGGUGUCAACCUAAUGGCAGAAGAUCAAACAACCUCCCAAAAGUCUGACGUAAAACCUAAGCUAACAGACCUUUACCAGAGCGCUGUGGACAAGGCCGUACAGAGUCCAAAUGGACGCCUGGACUUGUUCCUCCGGUUCGUCCUGGGUCUUUCAUUGCAGGCCAAUCAGACCCUCCUACGAGGUCUGAUGAAACAGACAGAAAGUAGCUUAGAGACCAAUCAGGAAACAGUCCAGUACAUCAAGAAGAAGAUGGAUGAGGAUCUGUCUCCAGAGAGAAGCAUUAAUCUCUUCCACUGUCUUAAUGAACUGAAUGAUCGUACGCUAGUGGAGCAGAUCCAACAGUCUGUGAGUUCAGGAAGUCUCUCCAGAGAUAAACUCUCCCCAGCUCUGUGGUCAGCUCUGGUCUUCAUCUUACUGUCAUCAGACAAAGAUCUGGACGUGUUUGACCUGCAGAAAUACUCUGCUUCAGAGGAAGCUCUUCUGAGGCUGCUGCCAGUGGUCAAAGCCUCCAACAAAGCUCUACUGAGUGGCUGUGACCUCUCCGAGAGAAGCUGUGAAGCUCUGUCCUCAGUUCUCAGCUCACAGUCCUCCAGUCUGAGAGAGCUGGACCUAAGUAACAACGACCUGCCGGACUCAGGAGUUAAGUUGCUGUCUGCUGGACUGGAGAGUCCAAACUGUACACUGGAAACUCUCAGACUCAAUUCGUGUGACCUCUCCGUGAGAAGCUGUGAAGCUCUGUCCUCAGUUCUCAGCUCACAGUCCUCUAGUCUGAGAGAGCUGGACCUGAGUAACAACGAUUUGCAGGAUUCAGGAGUGAAGUUCCUGUCUAGUGGACUGGAGAGUCCAAACUGUGCUCUUGAAACUCUCAGGUUGUCAGGUUGUAUGGCGACAGAGGAAGGCUGUGCUUUUCUGGCCUCAGCUCUGAGCUCCAACCCUUCCCAUCUGAGAGAGCUGGACCUGAGUUACAAUCAUCUCGGAGACUCAGGGGUGAAGCUGCUGACUGCUGGAUUGGAUGAUCCACACUGGAGACUGGACACUCUCAGGGUCGAGCCUGGUGGAGUCCGAUGGUUGAGACAAGGCUUGAGGAAGUAUUCCUGUGAACUCACAAUCGACACAAACACAGUAAACAGAAACCUCAAACUGUGUGAGAGCAACAGGAAGGUGACACAUGUAGAAGAGGAGGAGCCAUAUCCUGAUCAUCCAAACAGAUUUGAUUUCUGGCCUCAGCUGAUGUGUGAAAAUGCUCUGACUGGUCGCUGUUACUGGGAGGUCGAGUGGACAGGAAGGGCUUAUAUAUCUCUGAGUUACAGAGGAAUCAGCAGGAGAGGAGACAGGGAAAACUGCAGGUUUGGGGAGAAUGAUCAGUCCUGGAGUCUGGACUGUUUUGACAGUCGUCCUUACUCCUUCUGUCACAAUAAGACUGAAAUGCUCUCCUCCUCUCCUUUCUACUACUCCUUCCCAAGCGCUGUUUACUCUUGCCCCUCCUCAUCCCACCCCUCCUCAUCACCCUCAUUGAUCUCUGACAGAUUGGCAGUGUAUUUGGAUUAUCCUGCUGGCUCGCUGUCCUUCUACAGCGUCUCCUCUGACACCCUGACCCACAUUCACACCUUCAGAACCACAUUCACUGAACCUCUUUAUCCUGGGUUCACAGUUUGGUCUGGUUCCUCGGUGUCUCUCUGUUCUCUGCAGGAUGGAGAGAAAAUCAGGAGACCAUGCAGUGUCUUUUCGCAGGAAAGAGAGGGCCUUAGUGAAGUAGUUUAUCUUUAGCGGCUUCAUGAUAACUUGUCCAGAUGGGUAAGGGCAGUGUGCAGGGAGUCAGUUCUGGCGUCACCACUUGAUCGGUACACAAACUGAAGAGUGUCCUUGGUGGGAAUGGAGGAGCAGAUUAAAGUAAGGGUUAAAGCGCUCAUCACAAUUUCCUCUGGUGGUUGUGAUUCUACGCGCAAAAGUGGACUUUUUGAAAGACGCUCUCCUGAACUCCAUGAUCCUAGUAGCCAUUCCUGAGUCAAUCUCUUUAGUGAGUCACAGAAGGUUUGAUCCAUCCACUGUUUGCUGAUGAACCUUAUAAAAACAUUAGCGUCCAAUUCUACUUCACUCUUGUCAACGUGGCCUCAUGUUUGUUUAUAUUUAACAUGGAGGUAAUUGGUGGCCAUGUCUGAAUUCUCAAAAUGGGGGUUGGGAAAUUGCCAUGUAGUCAUUCUUAUCAGGGAAUAACAGUAGAUCAAAGUCCCCCUUUUAGUUGGACUAGGGUUCAUAAAAGUAAGGUAUUACUAUCAAAACAUGAUAAGCCUAUUUGCUUAAAACUCCUGUAGUUUGGGCCAUGGGUCGUUGAUGGAAUACCAGCAGCCGUAAAGAUCACCAGGGUAAAUGACCGGGGUAGAUAGAAGAGUCGACAUUUGAUCAUCAGGUAUUCCAGGUUGGGCGAGCAGGAGCUAGCAGGAGUCGUUACGUCCAGCUGCUGUUAACAACGAAGCAACCCUAACCCUAACCCUAACCCUAACCCUAACCCUAACCCUAACCCUAACCCUAACCCUAACCCUAACCCUAACCCUAACCCUACUCCACCACCCUUCAAUUCAUUGGACUCCUACAUUGUGCAUUGGUUGGUUCAAAGUAAUCGAUUUGCAGUCCUCAUAGCGCUCUUCUGUAUAUAUGUGAAAGCUAGAUCAGAGCUGUAUUUUUACCUUUACACAGUAGCUAAUGAAUAAUAAUAAUGCAUGCACGCGGGAGGCGUGUGGCACAGUGGAUAGAGCCUUGGUGUUGGGAUCAGGGGGUCACAGGUUCAAACCCCACUGCAGUCAGCAUGUCGUUGUGUCCCUGAGACACUUCACCCCAAAUUGCUCCUGUGGGGAUUGUCCACAGUAUUGAGUAUGUAAGUCGCUUUGGAUAAAAGCGUCUAACAAGUGACAUGUAAUGUAAUGUAAUGCAUUUUAUUGAUACCUUUCAAGGUUGCCGAAUGGAGCCAUAAGAGACAACACAGUAAAUAUAGUCAUGAUAUCUUUAGUAUUCUCUUAGACAGCUGUAUGGUGUGCCCAGGUCCUUUGAGCAUCUUCUCUAAUGUCUCUUUCUUUUUGUGGAGUUGCUGCUUCCUUUGUUUUGGCCCUCUUUGCUUGCCAUGAGCCAAUUUGGAUAAUUUAUACAGUGAGUUGCUUUAGUUUGAUGUGUAUACAUGUCUGGUGGUCAUAGGGAGUGUUAACCCGGGAUGGUCCGUUUGUGUAUCUGUAGUUAACUAAUUUGUUUAACUGUGACACACCUUUGUAAAGCAGUACAGUUAGAUGUUAACAUGUUGUCAACCACAAGAAGAAAUUGUUUUUUUCUUCUUAAAAGACACACAACUCAUCAUAUUAUUACGUUAUCAGAGAUCAAUGUUGAUGAAAAUUACUUCUCUGUUUUUAUACACCAAUACAGCAAACAUGUAAAAUAAACUAUAACAAAUAAAGACUAUUAAGUGAUGUAAUAUUUUUCAAUGAAAGUCUACGUCUGUCUGCAAAUAGCAUAUCAUUUACAAAACAUUUAUGAAACUUGUAUGUAUUCUUCAGCGUAUGGUCCCUUUGUGUAUCCGUAGUUUAAAACACCUUGUACAGUUAAAUGUUAACAUGUUGUCAA